AUGCCCGCGGGCCUGCGGCUAGUCCCACCGGAAACCUGGAGCGCCAGCAGUGGGGGCUACCUGCGGCUCUGCAGCCCUGGCUUUGGCCCGGUGGCGGGCGGGGGCAGCGCAGCAGCCCCCCGCACAGGGCCUGCUUCUGCUCUGGCCUGUGGUCCCUGGCAGGGCGUUAGCGCGGACAGCGGAGCAGGGGCAGCGGCGCGGUGGGGGCGGGGGAGGCAGGAGCGGACAGCCAGGGAGAACGGGAACCUCAGGCACAAGCGGGCCUUCUUCGCCCGUGGUAACGCGUUCAACUGGCACCAGCGGCCCCACGGAAGCGAACCCCACCACCAGCUCGGUGCCCGCUCCAGAGUAGGGGCGGCAAGGGCGGGGCCGAUCCGCACCCCCAGCCCUGGUGCCAACCUGCUGUGUCUUGCAGGGACCACGGCAGGGCCUGGCACCUCCAGUGCGGCCAGCACAGCAUCCACAGCGCCACCCGCCACAACUUCUGCUGCCACGCCCACAGGCACCUCUCGGAUACAUUCCAGCACAUCAGUAGCCCCUGGGAGUACGGUCACUGCAGCCCCAACUUCCCCUGGAGAAAGUGGAACGACUGGAGUCCGAAGCACUGCAGGUACUUCCAAGGAAACAUCUGAAACAAGCCCUGCUGCUGGAAGUACUACCACAAGAUGUCCAGAGACACGUCCGCCAGCUCCAGUUUGUCAUGGUCCACUGGGUGAAGAGAAAUCUCCUGGAGACAGUUGGACAUCCAAUUGCUAUCAGUGUACCUGUACUAAUGCAAAGACUGUGGACUGUCAACCUAAGGACUGUCCUUCUCUACCCACAUGCAAAACUGGCGAGAAGCUUGUUGUGUUUACAUCUAAUGACACCUGCUGUGAAGUUGGAUACUGUGAACCAAGAACAUGUUUCUAUAAUAAUACUGACUAUGAGAUCGGUGCUUCAUUUGAAGAUCCCAGCAACCCGUGCAUCUCCUACUCCUGCAGUGACACUGGCUUGGUCGCAGUAGUCCAAAGCUGCCCGAAGCAAACCUGGUGUGCAGAAAAAGAAAGAACUUAUGACUCAAACAAAUGUUGCUAUAAGUGUAACACGAAUUGCAGAACUUCCCCCGUGAAUGUGACUGUGAACUACAACAAUUGCAAGAAAAAAGUUGAGAUGGCACGAUGUGUAGGGGAAUGUAAAAAGACUCUCCAGUACAAUUAUGAAGUCUUUCAGCUGAAAAAUUCAUGUCUUUGCUGCCGAGAAGAAAACUACGAGUACAGAGACAUUGACCUGGAUUGUCCGGAUGGCAGCAUACUGUCUUACCAAUACAGGCACACCACCACCUGCUCCUGCGCUGACCUGUGCCAGAAUUCCUGAACCACAGCAACCCCUUAAUUCUCCCCCUAUCUCUGUAGUUGUAUUUAUUUUAAUGAGUGAAGAAAGAGUCAUGAAAGGGUAUGAAUAAUGCUUGUAUCUUACUCAGCAUGAAUGAAUGUAGUGAUGACACAUUUGUUUCUCUUAUUGGCUGGCCCUGAAAAAUAAAUACAAUUUUGCAAGCAA